GUGGAAGGCACACAUACGCAAUCUGCACAGGGGUGGACGGCAAACCCAGCAAACUUUGCAAGCCGUUCAUCGUUUCCCGAGCAAGAGCGACGCGUGGCAGCUGUAGAACACUCGUUCCGGAAGAGCAAGAGGUGAUCUCGAGCGGCGAGCGGAGAGUUGGAUAUCGCCUUGGUGCACAGGGCCCCCCGGGAGCGAGAGAGAAAGCCGACACACAACCCGGAAGCAGGCAGGGCCACGCCGGCAACAGCGAGCCAUGAACUUGCCAGCGGGAUGGGAAAUCGGAAAGGAUGCCACCGGACGAACGUUCUACAUAAACCACGAAACCCAGCAGACCCAGUGGAACCACCCGGCCGAUCCCACGCCCGAGUUACGACGACCGCCGAGCUACGAGCCCCCGAGCACGGACCUCUACGUCGCGCAAGGAGUUGCAACUGCCACGGCGGUGCCGGCACCCCUGUUCGUGCAGGCAGUCGGAGCACAACCAGGAAUUCAGGCCGGUCAUCAUCCUCACGCCAGCGAGGUGGUCACCACGCAGCCCGGUCCUGGACACACGGUGACUGUGGUGCGGAAUUGUCCGCCAAACGCGCCGGAUGGUGGCCAAUGGAGGCAGGAGAGGUACUGCGGGCUCAUCACGUGGCUGGUCGCCCUCUUCGUUGUCCCGUUUAUCGGCUGCUGCAUGCCGUGUUGUCCGUGCGACGAGCGGACUGUUUAUAUCGCACACGGCGUACGGUACAACAAAGACGGCGCCAUCAUUCAACCAAGUUGCUGUGGCUGUGGCUGAUGAGAGAGGGAGGGAGAGGGAGAAAGCGGAGAAGAGAUUCUCCGGAGACAGGGACGCGACCGGCACAAGGAAACAAGCAUGACUUGUUAAUAAUCAAGUUGGGGGGGGGGGGAUCAAGGCUCACGACGCCGCCCAUUCGUGACAGCCGCUGCCCUUGUUGCCCCCCCCCGAACUUGUAGCCGUCAUCUUCGAGAAGGAGAGUCGGAACUAGGAAAUUUCCCCCACUCUUAAUCUUUACUCCUGUAUGCAGGCUGCUGGGGGGAAAGGAGUCCGGUGUGCGGCGACGGGGCAGCGGAGAUAAAAUCUAUUCCGCGGGGUGGCGGAGGGGGGGGUGGGGGCUUCCGGACACUCCCUAAAUUGUGGAACAUCCAAAGGGGGGGAGAGAACGAUGCUCACCGACGGGGAGUAGCAUGGUCGGGAGCAACGGAGGGGGCGAUCGACACGCGCCUUUCGUGGGGACUAUUGUAUUUCGUGCCGGAGAUCGGUGAGGCCUCGUUUUUUUUUUGUGCCCCUUUUAGAAGAGGACCGACAGAAGUAAGGUAGAUACGGAGGAAGCGUGGGGGCAGGUCUCUCUUCGGCAACGAAAAGUGUUGAAGCAGAUACCUUGACUCAGCGCCUGAACAAAUAGGGGCUGCACGGCGGACCGGAGAAUGCGCCCGAAGGAAUAAUUUCGGAAUCAGGAGGUCGGGUGGGCGGGGGGGGCGAAGGUGAUGCCGCUGGUCAACCUGUGCCGGCACGUGGCGGUUUUUACCUUGCGGGGGAACGGCUGGUUUCGUACUUGUAUCUACCAGCAUACCGGCCCUCAUGCUUGUGUAUUGUUACGUACGACGACCAGAGCGAGAGGGCGGGGGGGUUGCAAUCGGCAGGGUGUUGACCGUGUAAUGUAUACCAAGACGAGGCUGGUGGUUUCCGCCACCGUCAAUGUCACGUGCUGCCUGCUGCCCCUUGGUUUGGUACGUUGUUCGCGCAACGUGUGUACGGAGACUUGGUCGUUCGGUGUGCGGUUUGCGCAAUGUGCGUACGAAUACUUGGUCUGAGCGCCUGGCGAACGGGUGCGGUGGUUUGUUUGGUUUCGGUGUCGCUGUUGCUUCGGAAGCCAUGCUGGGGAUGAAGCGCCUUCGCCGUUCCCAAGCGGGGUGGGUAGCUGUGAGAUAAAGUUCUUCUUUGUGGAUUGGUUGGAUGUCGCCACACACAAUAUUGUUGCCAAAAGCAAGUCGGAAAGAGUGUUGACCACGGCAGCGACAGCCGGGUAAGGUCCGAGUGUGUUUUGUGUUUCAUUGUGGCCAUCCGUACUACCUGGUGCGCUCGUGUUGUGUUUCAAUGCAGCCCUUUCACAACGCCCCUGGUGCGGUAGUCUAUUCGGCUACAUACCAAGCAUGGGGCGAUUUGUGCGGUUUUCUUUACUAACCUCGGUCGGUGCUGUUGUGUGUUGUUGGCGCAUCGCGUGCUUGUCUCUUUGUGUCUGUCUUCUCACGGCCAGCGUAGACUUGCCACAGCAGUCUUUCCCAUAUCGCAUGGGAGUCAGCGGUAAAAGCAGUAGCGUCCCAUUCGUUUUGGGCGGUCUCCUCCUGAUGACAGUCGUUACUUCGUUGCCGUGCGUGAAAGUAUUUUUAAGUUUGUUUUUGCUAGACAGGCAUGUUGGUCGGUUUGCGUGUGGUUUUUGUAUGCUUCGUACAGCUCCAAGACACAGGUCCGAUGUGCGGUUGGGUGUGCGCAAUUUUCCGUUCCACAUGGAAUCGAGCUUGGACAUAUUAUUGGUGGCCUGGUUUGUUCCAAAGUGUGUAGAUGAAGAAAGUACAUCUGUCCGCCUUUCCCUCCGUUAAUUCCAUUUUUCGUGUCUCUUGCCGAAAACGACAAAGAAAGGCACCUGUUCGUUGGAGAAGUUGAACCCAUCCAAUGUAACUUUUGAUACGAUUGCUGUGUUUGUAGUCCGUAGCUUGGGGUUAGUUUGUGAACACGUAAGUUCCCUUUCGGCCUCUGAAUACAUAGCAUGGAAAUCAGUCAGUGGCGGGUUCCGCGCUAAAGCUCAAUAUUUGGGGGGGGUUCCGUGAUUUCUCACCACGUACCUUCUAUGGUCCGAAAUUUUUAUGGCAUGGUCCUACGAUGAAGUUAGGGUGCUGUGCGAAAUUUGAGGUCAUAAGUCGUUCGUCUUGCCCGGGUUUCAACCAAUAUUAGUUUAUUUCGGUGGCUAAGAAUCCGUAACGCAGAACCCGGGGAUGGUCGCAAAAAAUCCCCGUGUUUGAAAUUGGCUCGGAUGAAGCUGAAAUUUUCCAUCUGAGCUAAUUUUGGGGCGGGGAACACGAAUCCGGCG